AUGGCUGCCAGCCGCCGAUCGCCUGUGCUGCCGGUUUUGACGAUCCUCUGCAUGGUGGGUGCACCGACGUUUAUGGGCUUCAGGCCGACGGCCAACAGACGCAUCGUGUCAGUGAAUGCGGAUCCCAAGCCUGCUUUCAAAGGUGACAAGCCCGCCCACCCCAUUCUGGACAGCGGCUGUACGGAUCUGAUGCAGGCGGCCUACAAAGGAGACACCGGGAAGGUGAAGGAUCUAGUCGAGAAGGGUGCGGACAUUAACGGACAAGAUGCCUAUGGCUGGACAGCUGUUCGUUACGCUGUCAGGAACAGGCAACUGGACAGUGUCCAGGCCCUUCUGGAUCUGGGGGCCGAUAUCAAUCUUGCAUCCAAGACCGGUAGGACGCCCCUCAUGUCGGCGGCUGGCAAUGGCUUGGAGGAGAUCUGCAAGCUGCUCGUCGAGCAGGGCGACGCCGACAUUAUGGCUUUGGAUGACGGUGGCAAGACCGCGUAUGACCUGGCCUUGAGGACGGGCCCGCUGGGCAGCGACUUGAUCCGCGACCUCGUUGCAGGUGGGCAGACGGCCGGUGCCGGCGAGGACGGCUACCAGAGGCUCCUGAAGGCCGUGACUCCCUCGCCGCCUUUUGAGACGCGCUGUGAGUGGACUCGGGGCCGUGGCGGAACCGUGGCCCUGUCUGCAAGUUGUGCAGAACACGUGAGCACCUUUGCCAACCAAAAGCCCUCACGAGAGUUCCCUGGAGAUCCCUGGGACGUGCCGUGCCGUGCUAUCUCAGGCGCAGACCUGUUGGAAGGCAUGGCGAAGCGGCGAAGCGUUCGGGAUCGGGGGGAGCAACCGGGGGCCUGUGGUGACGGGCGAAGGGAGCGAGCGUAUGUUUUAGCUGAGCUCAUACGCGCUUCGGUGCAGUUGGCGGACCUCGAGGGUGCUCUCAGCGCUGCCUCGGAUGCCCAGGAGCUCUUCAGGGAGGUCGGCGACCAGCGAGCUGAGGCCAGCGCGGCGCACCUGGUGGCAAGGAUACAGCUCCAGCGGCAGGAUUUCUCGGCCGCUCGGCUUGCGGCGGACACAGCGAGGGCCCUGCUGCGACAAACCAGCGAACUUGGCCGCGAGGCUGGCAUGCUGCUCCUCUCUUCACAGGCGGGCAGCUUGGAACUAGCUGCCGGCGCCGUUCCUGGAGGUGGCAAGGCUGCACGGAGCUUCUUCGAGGGGCGCGGACGCAACAAGGUCCUAGCAACAUCCAAGGAAGCCGUCGCUCUUUCAAAGAGGCUCAGCAGCAAUCACAUGGUGGCUGUUGCGCGCUUGGCCCACGCUCGGGCCAAGGUCUCCAGCGGGCUUCUGGACGGAGCCACCGAAGACUUGCAGGAGGCCCUGCCGGUACUGCAAGAGCUGGGAGACCACCGCGCCGUCGGAGCUGCCAAGUUGCUGCAAGCCAACAUCUCUAUCCUCCAGGGCGCUCCGGACGUGGCAGCUGCCAAAGAGGCCUUGGAGAGUCUUCGGACAGCCGGCAGUAGCCACGAGGUCGCGCUGGCCCAGGCGCUGGUGGCCAAGAUGAGCAGGGCCACGCCCCAGGCGCCGAGGCCGGCAGCGGGGGCUGCCCAGGCGCAGGCGCCAGUCUCUGCAGAGCCGACCGCAGCUGUGGCGAAGAAGCCCGCCGUCGUGGACAAGAUGGCGCUGGCUUUGCCCGAUCGCGUGAAGUACACGCUCACGGAGCUGGUGGCCGAAGCCAUUGGCCAAGAGGGCAUGGAGGAGGACCGCACCCUCAUGGAGACGGGCAUGACCAGUAUUGCGAGCAUCAUGCUUCGAGACAAGAUCCAGGCAGAGUUUCCUGAAAUUCCGGAGAUGGAUCUCACAUUCGUCUUCGACUAUCCGACGAUUCGCGAGAUGACCGGCUUCGUCCUUACGCAGCUGCCCAACGAUGCCUGA